CCAAGGCUGCAGCCAGGGCCACCUGGCAGCUCCAGGUGCUGUGAGCAUGCUGUCAUGGAAACGGCCCUGGGGUUGGUGACAAGGAGGCAGUUUCCCAAAGCUAGGAGGAUUCAGGAGAGGGAAAGACGGGAAACUCAUGCCCUUCAGAGUGGUCUCUCUGAUCCCCCUCUACAGUCCACAGAAGCCCAGGUGGGUGCUGGGAGAAAGCGGGAAGGAGGAGCCAUGGGAGGUGAGAACUGGGAAGAAACACAGAGCUGAUCUAGUGGCCUGAGUAAGGGAGUCUUCUCAAGAGUUGUUCACCAGGACCAGGACCAGUCAGUCAGCUGUGAAGAGCUGGCCUAUGGCCCAAAGGAAGGAGCAGAAAGGGGGCUGGCAUUUGUCCCCAGCGGAGGGACAGACCAGGGAAUUCACAGAGCCCAUCUCUGCUCUAGUUAGGGAUUUGAGGUUGCAGGAACGGAAACUCACUGAAAGUGUAAUGCUGUCUUGCUGCAUAGAGCCAAGGCAGCCUAGAGUAAAUGCAGGGAGCGAAGGCUGACUUUUUAACCAUCUCCAAAGCCCCAGUGUGGUCCCCUCCACUACCAGCUCAUUCUAUGGGUGCUACGGAUAGGGUGACUCAUAGGGUGGCUCAGGCCUUCACCCUUGGUGACGGACAGCUUCAGACUUAAGUCAGUGAUCAGGACGGGGUGUUCGUGGACAAUAUGCUUUUAGACACACAUUCUUCCACCUGUGAAAUGUGGGUAGACAGCUUUUAGCCUCUCAGAGCUGAGGGCUGCAGACCAAGCCCAGGGACAGAGCCCCAUGGGGGUGCUUUACUCUCUCUCUACCAGGACAUCCCCUGUGGAGUUCCCUGCAUGUGAUCUGAGGAUGGCCGAGCCACAGGGCCAGGAACUCACAGCGGAGUGUCCCGUCUGCUGGAACCCCUUCAACAACACAUUCCACACCCCCAAAGUGCUAGACUGCUGUCAUUCCUUCUGCGUGGAGUGCCUGGCUCACCUCAGCCUGGUAGCCCCAGCCAGGCGCCGCCUGCUCUGCCCACUCUGCCGUCAGCCCACCGUACUGGCUUCAGGGCAGCCGGUCACUGACUUGCCCACGGACACCGCCAUGCUGACCCUGCUCCGCCUAGAACCCCACCACGUCAUCCUCGAGGGUCACCAGCUCUGUCUCAAGGACCAACCCAAGAGCCGUUACUUACUGCGUCAGCCUCGGGUCUAUACCCUGGACCUUGGCCCGGAGCCUGGGAGCCAGACGGGACCCCCUCAGAACACAGCCCCUGACGCCAGGCCUGUGCCCAUCCCCAGCCACUACUCUCUCAGAGAGUGUAUCCGCAACCCUCACUUCCGGAUCUUUGCCUACCUGAUGGCCGUCAUCCUCAGUGUUAGCCUGCUGCUCAUCUUCUCCAUCUUUUGGACUAAGCAAUUCUUUGGGGGCAUGGGGUGAGCACUCUCUGUGCCAGCACAAGGAACCGAUCCUUUCUCUGUGGUGCUGGAAU